CUAGGGUGACAGAAUGUUAAAAAAAAAACAAAAAAAAAACAUGAAUAAUAAUAUAAAAAAUAAAAUUUUGGCCAAGAAAGAUUAUUUAUUUGCAAAAGUUUAUAAGAAAACCACUUUUUUUCAAAAUUUUUGGACAUUUUCAUUUAUAGAGCAAAUAAAAUAAAAAUCCCAGUGGUGAAUAAAUACCACCAAAAUAAAGUUUUAUCUGUCUCAAAAAAAAUUCUAACAAAUUCAUAUGGGUACAGUGUUGCAUAACCACGCAAUUGUCAUUCAAAGUGUGAUAGCGCUGAAAGCUGAAAAUUGGCCUGGACAGGAAGGGGGUGAAAGUGUCCGGAGUUGAAGUG